CUCUCUUCCUCGCUUGGAAACGCCACAUCUGACAGGGAGGGAGAAACAUACACAAACCCGAGAUGCUGGCGCUAAUAAACCGGCUUUUGGACUGGUUCAAGUCCCUGUUCUGGAAGGAGGAGAUGGAGCUGACGCUGGUUGGCCUGCAGUAUUCGGGGAAAACGACAUUUGUAAACGUGAUCGCUUCGGGGCAUUUCAGUGAAGACAUGAUCCCUACAGUCGGCUUCAACAUGAGGAAAGUCACUAAAGGAAACGUCACCAUCAAGAUCUGGGAUAUAGGAGGGCAGCCAAGAUUCCGGAGCAUGUGGGAGCGAUACUGUCGGGGCGUAAAUGCGAUCGUGUACAUGGUUGACGCAGCAGAUCGAGAAAAGGUGGAGGCAUCGAGAAAUGAGCUUCAUAAUUUAUUAGACAAACCUCAGUUACAAGGAAUUCCAGUUUUGGUUCUUGGUAACAAAAGGGAUCUCCCCACCGCUCUAGAUGAAAAGCAGCUCAUUGAGAAAAUGAAUCUGGCUGCUAUUCAGGACAGAGAGAUAUGCUGCUACUCCAUUUCCUGCAAAGAGAAAGACAAUAUUGAUAUCACACUUCAGUGGCUCAUCCAGCAUUCAAAAUCCCGCAGGAGCUGAAAAUACAGGAGCGUUUUUAUUUUAUUUUUUUCAGCUGUAUUUGCCAUGUUACUGCGACGCUACACCCUCUUCACUCAUCUGUGGCGCACCUCACCUGCUGCACUCUUCUACUUGUGUCACUCAGAUGUUGUUGUCCCUUCUUUUCACUUUGUGACUUAGUCUCAAGUCCAGACGAUGCACUACUGAAUUGAAUUCUGGUACCAAAUUCAAACUGUGAUCGGCAUUAUACUUCUUUGUGAAGCUUUGCAUUAACACGGAGGAAGAAGCUACUUUCUGUUCUCCCUUUUAAUAUUCAGGCAUUGUCUGGUUUUAUACUACCCACUUCUUUGUAACAUUUAUUAGGCAUAUAAUAGCGCCCCCUUGUGGGGGGGUUAGUGUCAAACAGGCCUGAUGGUGACAAAUGUUCCCCAAAGAGGAAACUCGCUGAUGUGGACAUGCAGGUUUUCCAAGUUCUGUCAAGCUCUUGAUCUUGUCUUUGACUGUCAGUCUUUGCUCGAUCAGGUUUCGUUUCCUUCUUUCAAAGACGUGUCCGUCGUUUUAGAAAAUUGUGGAUUUGACAAAGUCAAUUUAAGCAGGUCUGUAAAAAUAUCAAGCUAGUAUAAUUUUUACCAUUGUGGGAUGUGUGUAUAUGAAUAUAUGAUUCUAUUUAAAAGUCUGAAUGUACAAAAAGUAAAACUGUUUGGGGAUGUGCAGAUCA